AUGGGCCGGAGUAAGCACCCCCCCGCCCCCGCGUGUCCUCCCUCUGGCGCCGUCCCGGGUGACAGGGACCCUCGCCGCCGGCCUGAGGCCACUUCUGCCCCUUCUCGCCCGCGGACCCCGCCGACCCAGCCCUUCGCCCUCUGCAGCCCCAGCUGGGAGAAAGGGCCGCCGGGCCAGGACCGGCCAGUGCCAGGCGCCCCACCGAACUGGCCGGGAAACCUGGCCUUUUCUAGGCUCCUGUCCCUCAUCUGUAAAAUGGGGGACCAGAAGGGCGUCGCAUUGGAUGAGCGGGGUGUUCUGGGAGUCACAGAAGAUCUCAUCAGGCGGAAUGCUGAACACAACGACUGUGUAAUCUUUUCCCUGGAGGAGCUCUCCUUGCAUCAGCAAGAAAUAGAAAAACUGGAACACAUUGACAAAUGGUGCCGGGAUUUAAAAAUCCUCUACCUUCAGAAUAACCUCAUUGGGAAAAUUGAAAACGUUAGCAAACUCAAGAAACUUGAAUAUUUGAAUUUAGCUUUAAACAACAUUGAAAAAAUUGAAAAUUUGGAAGGAUGUGAAGGGCUGACGAAGCUCGACUUGACUGUAAAUUUCAUCGGCGAGCUGAGCAGCAUUAAAACCUUGCAGUGCAACAUUCAGCUGAAGGAGCUCUUUCUCAUGGGUAACCCGUGUGCUGACUUUGAAGGGUACAGGCAGUUCGUGGUGGCGACUCUUCAACAAUUAAAGUGGUUGGAUGGUAAAGAAAUAGAGCGUUCCGAGAGGAUUCAGGCAUUGCAGAACUAUCCAGUAGUUGAGCAACAAAUAAGACAGCAAGAGAAAGCUUACUGCCUCAGGCGAGCCAAAGACAAGGAAGAGGCUCAGAGGAAACUGGAAGAAGAGCAGGAAAACGAAGAUAAGAAGAGAAGUAACCCAGGCUUUGAUGGACGUUGGUACACAGACAUCGACGCCACCCUCCCAUUUUCCUUCGAGAGCAAAGAUCACCUCCCAGCAUCAGAAAUAGGAAAAGAGGAGUGCAAUAAGACAGAAUUAGAUGAAAGUGAAGAAGACCUAGCAUUCUGGAAUAAGCCCUCUUUGUUUACUCCUGAAUCUAGAUUGGAAACUCUUAGACACAUGGAAAAACAACGGAAAAACCAAGAAAAAUUCAGUGAAAACAAGAAGAAAGUGAAGCCACCCAGGACUUUGAUCACUGAAGACGGAAGAGUCCUGAAUGUAAAUGAGCCCAAACUUGACUUCUCUUUGAAAGAUGAUGAGAAACAUAACCAGAUCAUCCUGGACCUUGCUGUCUACAGGUAUAUGGAUACCUCUUUAAUUGACGUUGAUGUGCAGACAACUUACGUGCGAGUAACGGUCAAAGGAAAGCUUGUACUUCCUGCAGAAGUUAAGCCCGAUAGCAGCUCGGCUCGAAGAUCUCAGACGACCGGGCAUUUAGUCGUCUGCAUGCCCAAGGUAGGAGAAGUAAUCACAAGUGGCAGAAAAGCAGCCAAGUCUGUGAAAACCACCUCAGACAUCAUCAAAGAACAAACAAACAAAAGAAGCAAGCAAAUUGAGAAGCUAGAAGUAGAUCCUAGCAAGCAUUCAUUUCCUGAUGUGGCUAACAUUGUUCAAGAGAAAAAACACACACCUAGAAGAGUUGGAUCUGAACCAAAACGUAUACCAAGUGAUGACGACCCAGACUUUGAAGAUAACCCUGACGUACCUCCAUUGAUUUGAAACAAAAGGCUACACUGUCCUUGACUGUGACCCACCAGACCCAGUUUAUCUUAGUGCAGAAUGUAUGCGUAUCAUUUAUGGGGUAAACACAGAGUUAUUUAUCAGUAUUACUACUACAGUGUUUUAAUGCACCUACCUUGUCUAAUACUAUCCUUGAACUAGUUUAAAAUUAAAGUCUGUACCUUACAUAUAUGACAAUUGAUCAUUUGUCUAUAAUAAAGUACUGGCUAGUGAAAAUGCUCAAUAGAUCUUAGA